AUGCUCCAAUUAGCUAGUGGACUAAGAAAUGUUGUACUAGGAAAUAAAAGGAAAGCGAAGGAAACACUAUCGUUCAACAUUGAGCAAGUAUGUGCAAAAUUUUCAGGUGAAAGCAAGCCUGAGGAUGGCAUCAACCAAGUUAAACUCUUGGAGCUACCUAUAUUUAGUUUUGAGGACCUAUCAAGUGCAACAAACAACUUUCAUCAAUCUAACAAGCUUGGGCAGGGUGGAUUUGGUCCUGUAUACAGGGGAAAAUUGUUACAAGGACAAGAAAUUGCAGUAAAAAGACUUUCAAGGGCCUCUGGACAAGGGCUAGAAGAAUUUAUGAAUGAGGUGGUUGUCAUUUCUAAACUUCAACACCGUAAUCUCGUUAGACUCCUUGGCGGGUGCGUUGAAGGAGAAGAAAAUUUGUUGAUCUAUGAAUACAUGCCAAACAAAAGCUUAGAUGUAUUUCUUUUUGGUUAGUUCAUUCUGAUGCCUUUGUGUUAAUAACUUUGCAUAUGAUGAUAAUCUAGAGUUAUAUAAAUCAAAUGAAAAAAUGGAAUGAUAUUCUUUUCUUAUGACUUCCUCAAAAUUACUUUAUUUUCACAUA